AUGAAUGGAACUGUGUCUCUUAAUAAUAAAACAACAUUUAAAUGUAUAUGUAAACCUGGUUAUAAUGGGCCACAAUGUGAAUUAAUAAGUGAUAUGUGUAUUAAUAUAAAAUGUGAAAAUAAAGGUGUUUGUAUAUCAUCUCAUCUAUCAUGGAGAUGUCAUUGUCUUGAUUCCUCACUUUAUUCUGGAAAAUAUUGUGAAAAAAUAAGUACAUCAUUAAUAAUAAAACAAAUAUUAAGUAAAUCAUUUGCAUCAGUAGCUAUUGUAGCUAUUAUUGCCGUUUUUUUAUUUGUUAUUAUAAUGGAUAUAUUGAAAUAUGUAUUUAAAAUUGAUCCAGUUGAUCGAGAACGACGAUUAAUGAAAUUAAAACAAAAGAAAAAAUAUUUAAAUAAAAAUAGAAAAAAGCCACGUAAAAAAGUUGCUUUAAAAGUUUUUUAUAUAUCUUAA